UUGGACAACAGGCAACUCGGCAGAGGAUGUCCUAUCAGGAUGAAUAUGGCUCAUUCAAGAAUUAACUCUCUACUCAUCUUCUACCUCAGUUUUUUGCUGCUCAUCCAUUUAAAAAAAUCGCUUUGCAUGAGGAAUGAUUCCAGGUGCCUGUCAAACUCUUGCCAAAAGAACUCUACAUGUGUUGAUGGUCAUAAAGAUGACCCUUGCCUUUGUGCAGACCCAUCAGUGGACAGUGUGGAGGAACUCUGCAACAAAACCUCCAACCCUUGCUCCUCCAACCCUUGUCUGCAAAACUCUACCUGCCUGGGCUCUGCUGGGAACCUCAGCGUCCCCUGCAAGUGCCCUGCUGGGUCCGAUGGCCCUGCCUGUGAACGAGGUGGCAGUGAGUGUGACAGCAACCCGUGUGAGCACGGGGGCACGUGCCAGAGCAGCCAGGAGGGGCCCACGUGCCUGUGCAGUGCUGGCUACACGGGCAGGCUGUGCGAGAGGGACGUGGAUGAGUGCAGCUCCGAGCCGUGCCGCAACGGGGCCCUGUGCCGGGACGGCGUGGGCCACUACUCCUGCUACUGCGUGCCAGGCUACCAGGGCAAGCACUGUGACCUGGAAGUGAACGAGUGUGCCUCGGACCCCUGCCUCAACGGGGCCACCUGCCUCAACCAGAUCGGGCACUAUGACUGCAUCUGUCCCCUUGGCUACACCGGUACAAACUGUGAGGUGGAAAUCGACGAGUGCUUGUCCCAGCCUUGCCUGAACGGGGGGACCUGCCACGAUUCCCUGGGGAGCUUCUCCUGCUCGUGCGCGCGGGGCUUCCUCGGGGACCUCUGCGGCACCGACAUCGACGAGUGCUCCAGCCAGCCCUGCCUGCACGGGGGACACUGCACGGAUGGGGCCAAUGGGUACAGCUGCAACUGCACCGGGACUGGGUUUAUGGGCUCGCACUGCGAGACCCUCACUCCCUUGUGUUGGUCACAGCCAUGCUACAACAACGCCACCUGUGAGGACCAUGCUGACAAUUACACGUGCCACUGUUGGCCAGGCUACGCGGGCUCCCGCUGCGAGGAGGACAUAGCCGAGUGCCGCAGCAGCCCCUGCCUCGGCGGCGACUGCGUGGAGCGCUCCUGGGCCGGCCUCUACGGACUCGUCCCGGGGCUGCCACCGGCCUUCCGCUACGACCGGGCCGAGGGCUACAUCUGCCGCUGCCCGCCGGGCUUCGCCGGUACUCACUGUGAUGAGGACGUCAACGAAUGUUACACGAACCCUUGCCAAAAUGGUGGGAUCUGUGAGAAUUUUCCUGGAAAUUACACUUGCCAUUGCCCACCUGCAGACAAAGAAGGGAUUUUUUAUGGUGGCUGGAACUGUACAGAAGUUCUGCAUGGCUGUACUGAUCAUCAAUGCCAAAACAAUGGAAUAUGUAUCCCACAUUUAAAAAAUGGCCAACACGGAUUCAGCUGCAUAUGUUCACCUGGGUAUACUGGAAUACACUGUGAAACCAUAACCACAUUUUCUUUUCAAGGAAACAGUUUCCUUUUGUUGAAGAAUCCCCAGACCCAUAAAAAGGAUUUUUUCUAUAAUAUAAACCUGAGGUUUCAAACUGUGCAACCCACAGCUUUUCUGUUUCACCGAGGGGAGAAAAACACCUUUGCAAAGUUGGAAUUACUGAACGGCUACUUACACUUAUCCGUGCAAGUCAAUAAUCAGCCACAGGCUCUUUUGCAUAUCCCACAUAAUGUCAGUGAUGGAGAAUGGCAUUCAGUGGAGGUAACCUUGGCAAGAGCUGUUAUUCUUAAUUUGCUUGACAGCUCUUGUGUAGAAUCCUGUCUCAAUAAAACGUCUGCUAAGAUAGAUAACGAGCUGGUGAUGUUUGCGUUUCAGAGCACGUUUUUGGGCGGCUUACCAGUGGGGAACAGCAACUCUCUACAGAACACCUUUAAUACACAUUCUGCACCUUCAUUUGUAGGCUGUCUUCAGGAUAUUGAGAUAGACUUGAAUGUUAUUACUCCAGAGAAUGUGUCAUCUGGGUCAUCUUUAAAUGUCAGGACAGGAUGUGCUAAAAGGGACUGGUGUGACCCCCACCCGUGCCAGAACAGGGGACGCUGCAUCAACCUGUGGCUGAGCUACCACUGCGACUGCUACCGGCCCUACACGGGGCCAGAGUGUGCAGCAGGUAAGGGAGCCCUGCUGGGAAGAUUACCUUACACAGUGUGUGGGAAUGAGGAGAGGAACCUCACGUGCUUCAACUACGGCAACUGCAGCGACCUGGGCGGGGAGCUGAGCUGUGCCUGCCUGCCAGGCUUUGUAGGAGAACGGUGUGAGAAGGACAUUGAUGAGUGCAGCUCUGACCCAUGUCUGAACGGGGGCCUGUGCCAGAACCUGCUCAACAAGUUCCACUGCCUGUGCGACGUGAACUUCGCCGGGGACCGCUGUGAGAUCGAUCUGGCAGGGGACGUGCUCUCGAGCGUGUUUGCGGCCGUGGGCUCGGUGACGCUGGCGCUGCUGGUGCUGCUGUCCCUGGCCAUGGCGGUGUCCGCUGCCACCGCCACCAAGCGCGCCACGCAGGGCACCUACAGCCCCAGCCGCCAGGAGAAGGACGGCUCCCGCCUGGAGAUGUGGGACAUGCUGCAGCCACCGCCCAUGGAAAGGCUCAUCUAGGAGAAAGCAAAGCUGCUGCUCCACCCUCAGACCUGGCUGAAAGGGGACUCUGUACAUAUGUUAGAUACAGUCAUCUUCCUUCUGAUAAACACGACAAUGAUUUUUUCACUGCUUGCCUUUUAAGUUCAAUAGUGAACCAAGGACAUUUAUCAUUGCUUUGGACCAUCCAAGGACAAUUUUUAUUUGCACUGGAACUCCAGCCUUGAUAAUCAGCAGUAGGCAUUAUGGACAGUAAUGACUCCUGGGAUAAAUGCAACUGUCCUGAACACCACACAGCAAACAGCUUCUCCUCUGCACUCUCCUUUGGCUGCCUGGCAAUCACUGCUGCAGAAGAUGAUGCAGACAAAUCAACUAAGCCUGUACAAUAAAGACAAUGUAAUUCUCUUAUCAAAGGGUUUAGUGCUAGAGCUGUGUCUCGGUGUAUCUUCUUUCAUCUGUUAAUCAGGGAUUAAAAGGAAGCUGUGUGAAAAUUCUCCAAAAUAAAUGCUUCAAAUUUGUUUUUCUUUC